UCCCAGAUCUCCAUCUCUGCUGUCUCACCCCCAGCCCCAGCCAUGCAGGGAGCCUGGCUGCUGCUGCUGCUGCUGGGCCUCAGGUUGCAGCUGUCACUGAGUGUCAUCCCAGUGGAGGAGGAGAACCCAGCCUUCUGGAACCAAAAGGCAGCUGAAGCUCUGAGUGCUGCCAAGAAGCUGCAGCCCAUUCAGACGUCAGCCAAGAACCUCAUCAUCUUCCUGGGGGACGGGAUGGGGGUGCCCACAGUGACAGCCACCCGGAUCCUAAAGGGACAGUUGGAAGGCCAUCUAGGACCUGAGACACCCCUAGCCAUGGACCGCUUCCCAUAUAUGGCUCUGUCCAAGACCUACAGUGUGGACAGACAGGUCCCAGACAGUGCCAGCACAGCCACAGCCUACCUGUGCGGGGUGAAGACCAACUACAAGACCAUUGGUGUGAGCGCGGCCGCACGGUUUGAUGAGUGCAACACCACAUUCGGCAAUGAGGUCAUCUCGGUGAUGUACCGUGCCAAACAAGCAGGAAAGGCCGUAGGACUGGUGACCACCACAAGGGUGCAGCACGCCUCUCCAGCCGGCACGUAUGUUCACACGGUGAAUCGGAACUGGUACGGGGACGCUGAUAUGCCUGCCUCGGCCCUGCAGGAAGGAUGCAAGGACAUUGCCACACAACUUGUCUCCAACAUGGACAUCAAUGUGAUCCUUGGUGGGGGCCGAAAAUACAUGUUUCCUGAAGGAACCCCAGACCCUGAGUAUCCGAAUGAUGUUAACCAGACCGGAACCAGACUUGAUGGCAGGAACCUGGUGGAAGAAUGGCUGUCGAAGCACCAGGGAGCCCAGUAUGUUUGGAACCGUGAAGAACUCAUUCAGAAGUCCCUCGAUCCGUCAGUGACAUACCUCAUGGGCCUCUUUGAGCCUGUAGACACAAAAUUCGACAUUCAACGAGACCCCUUAAUGGAUCCAUCUCUGAAGGACAUGACAGAGGCAGCCCUGAGAGUGCUGAGCAGGAACCCCAACGGCUUCUACCUCUUUGUGGAGGGUGGCCGAAUCGACCGUGGUCACCAUCUGGGCACAGCAUAUCUGGCGCUGACUGAGGCUGUCAUGUUUGACACAGCCAUCGAGAAGGCCAGCCAGCUCACCAGUGAGAAAGACACAUUGACCAUUGUUACUGCUGACCACUCCCAUGUCUUCUCCUUUGGCGGCUACACAUUUCGGGGGACCUCCAUCUUCGGGCUGGCCCCGCUCAAAGCUCUGGACGGCAAGUCCUACACCUCCAUCCUGUAUGGCAACGGCCCGGGCUAUGUUGGUACAGGGGAAAGACCCAACGUCACCGCUGCUGAAAGCGGUGACCCCUCAUACCAGCAGCAGGCAGCUGUGCCGGUAAAGUCGGAGACCCACGGCGGGGAGGAUGUGGCAAUAUUCGCGCGUGGCCCGCAGGCACACCUGCUGCACGGAGUGCAGGAGCAGAAUUACAUCGCGCACGUCAUGGCCUUUGCAGGCUGCCUGGAGCCCUACACCGACUGCAAUCUGCCGCCUCCUGAGGACGAGAGCAGUGAAACCAACCCGAGCCAGACCACCACAACAACCCGCCAGUCCACCACGACAACUCGCCAGACCACCAUGAUAACUCGCCAGAUCACCACCACCGUCCCUGUCCCGGAUAGAGCUGGUAGCCUAGGCCCAGUCACCACCCCACUGGCCCUGUCGCUGCUGGCCGGAACGUUGCUGAUGCUACUGGGGGUUGUUGCCUAGUCCUCCGGGGCUCCACCCGCCAGGUCCCAGGCCCUAACCUGGUGCUUCCUUUACCUUGACCUCCCACUAACUUCUCAUUGUCCCCUCCCUCGACUGCACCUCUAUCCCGUGCUCCCUGCAUUCUGGCUGUGGGCCCUACCCCAGGACUUCUCUGCUAGUGGCCUCAACCCUUAUCCCAGCCUAGAGUGGCUGCUUCCAGGGCACCUACCCAAGCAUUCACAAGGGGACAGUCACUCUGAAUUAGCAGCCAGCCUCAGACCUCACAGAGCUCCUCCUUCCGGAGGCACCAUGACAACAUGGCCCUGAUUCCCCUGGGGCAGUUUGGACUCUCCUCUCUGACCUCAGCCACCAGCUGCUUGCAAAGGAGAGGGCCUCAACAAUAAUUUAUAGAGAGCCAAGCCUGCACCCUCCCAUUGUUGCUCCCACCAAGCUUGGAUUCCUGCAGGCUCUGAGGCACCCAGGACUAGGGCCCGAGAGACUACAAGAAGAGGCUGACUUCCCGCCAUACCCCAAUCCACUCUGCCAGCAAGAAGGCUGCUGCCCUGGGAUCACCCCCUGGCCUUUGGUAUAAUCCUUUCCCACCCGCUGGGCCAGCUCCACACUCAGAAGCCUUCAUGGCCCAACCAUGCCAAUCCACAGAGAGAAGAUUCUGGAGUCACUCAGCCCUCCCAUGUCUACUGCCCAGCUAGGAAAUUCACGGAGCUGCUCCUCAGCCGACUCCUACAUCACCUCAGGCUGCACCUACAUUUCUGAAUUAAGGAAAUACCCUACUCCCGGGAGAGGCAAAUCAAUAAUAAAGUGUUAUGCAAUGCAA